AUGGGGAACCCGCGGGCCUGCCUGCGGGCCUCUCUCUUCCCCUUCUAUGGCAUCCUGCCGGGCAUGAAGGCCUACCUCCUCGGCAAUCUUGACUUGCCAAUCACGUUCGGGAGCAAGGCCAACUACCACACUGAAACCCUCACGUUCGAGGUGCUCAAGUUGCGGGGACCAAAUGGUGUCAUCACCGUGAGCGGCUCCUCCGAGCAGGCCUACGUCAGCAGCCGCGAGUACUUUGACCUCACCACCACUACCGCAAACUCGGCGGAGCUCGGCCAACUCCGUGCCUCCACCGCCGAUUGCCACCCCGACCCUGGCAAGCCUAGCCAGGCUCCUACCUUUGUCCCGAUCGAGGAAACCAAGUUAGUCGCGGUCAACAUCCCGACCAAGAUGGUCCGGGUCGGCUCUCAGCUGUCGGCCAAAUAUGAACUCGCGCUCGUCGACUUCCUCCACGCCAACAAGGACACUUUUGCCUAA